AAUGACGUCAGGGUUACUCACCAUGGCGGAGGGCGAUCUGAACGUAGAUGCAAUUAUUACACAACUUUUAGAAGCUCGGGGUUGUAAACCAGGCAAACAAGUGCAAUUAUCAGAAGCAGAAGUAAGAGGAUUAUGUGUGAAAUCAAGGGAAAUCUUUCUUAGUCAACCAAUCUUACUAGAAUUAGAAGCGCCGCUUAAAAUAUGUGGUGACAUUCAUGGACAAUUUACAGAUUUGCUCAGGUUAUUUGAGUAUGGUGGUUUUCCCCCAGAUUCAAAUUACUUGUUUAUGGGGGACUAUGUGGACAGGGGAAAGCAAUCUCUCGAAACUAUAUGCCUCCUCUUGGCGUAUAAAAUAAAGUAUCCAGAAAACUUCUUCCUCCUUCGUGGCAACCAUGAGUGCGCCAGCAUCAACAGAAUUUAUGGAUUUUAUGAUGAAUGUAAGCGACGAUACAACAUUAAAUUGUGGAAGACUUUUACCGACUGUUUUAACUGCCUGCCUAUUGCAGCCAUAGUAGAUGAGAAGAUUUUCUGCUGUCAUGGAGGCUUGUCGCCAGAUUUGCAAUCAAUGGAACAAAUACGAAGAAUAAUGAGGCCUACAGAUGUACCUGAAACGGGCUUGUUGUGUGACCUGCUAUGGUCAGAUCCGGACAAGGAUGUACAAGGUUGGGGAGAGAAUGACCGUGGUGUAUCAUUCACAUUUGGUGCGGACAUUGUCAAUAAAUUCCUCAACAGGCAUGACUUGGAUCUUAUAACAAGAGCUCAUCAAGUGGUUGAAGAUGGGUAUGAAUUCUUUGCAAAACGGCAGUUGGUAACACUAUUCUCUGCACCUAACUACUGUGGUGAGUUUGAUAAUGCAGGUGGCAUGAUGAGCGUUGACGAAUCGCUGAUGUGUUCUUUCCAGAUUUUGAAACCAUCAGAAAAGAAAGCAAAAUAUCAGUAUGGAGGACUGAAUUCAGGAAGGCCUGUCACACCACCAAAAGGAACACAGAAAAAGAAGUAAUGAACAGAUUUCCAGUAAAUCUUAACUGUUCCAAACCUCCACCCAGUCAAACCUGGCGAGUCUCCUUGCGUUGGUGUGAUUUUUUUGAAGAAAAAUGUUUAAAUAAUAAAAAAAAAAAAUGGAACAAAACAUAAAGAGGAUAUUGAUUUUGUAGCUGAACAAUUUGACCUGGUUUCAGAUCAAUAUGAUUGGCAUAGAGAGUAAUAUCCCUCCCUCCCUAUACUCCCUUCCCCCUCCCCUUUUAGUUUUCUGUUUUUGUGAUGUUCAUGAAGAUAUGCUGACAGCUUUGGUGGUUCCAACUUCCAAUUCUUGAUUGCUACUCCACUGCUAAUUUUGCAUUGGCAGUUGGUUGUAAAGGUGCUGUCGUAUGCCCUCUGCCAAUCAGGUUGCUAACUGUAAGCUGCCCAGUGUAGCAACGAUCCAGUAUUGCAUGGUGAGACAUCAAAUAUAACUGGUUGCCAAUUACCAUGUUUAAAGGUAAAGGCAUUAUUUCUGAUUCAAAAUCUAUGAAUACACGUUUUUGAGUGUAAAAAAUGUGAUUUACAGUACCUUGAUACUAAUGUAACCAUAAGAUUUAUUGUAGAUUUCUUUCCUUUAUCUCUCUAUAUAUAGAAAGUUGUGUCUUGAUUUAGGAAUAUUAAAAUAAAUGAUAUUAUUAUUCUGGUGAUCAUUUUAUGAAGUUGUGAGACAUAUUUUAGGUUAUAUGCUGAUUGUAGUUGUCUGUGUUGGUCUUAACCAAAUUAUGCGAAAGAUUUGUAUCAACUUUCCAAAUCGAUUUUUGUAUUUCUGUGUACUUUGUGAUGUUUAUACAAAGAGAUCUGUAUUAAGGCUUUUUUGUCAUAUCAUUUUGUCUGUUGAUGUUAUUCUAUUCUUUUGAAACAAGUAUUACCGUGUUUCAAGUAAUAUUUAUUACCUUAUGUUUUGGGUGUAUUUAAAACAAAAUGAUAGAGUUCGGAAGUGUACAUUUUGCAGUGUCUUUCGCAGAUAAUCUAGCUUACAUGUUGAACCUGCUCCUGCAAACUUCGUUUUCACCCAUUUUUAGACGAGGUGGACAAACUUAUGUAUUUAUAUGUUCUUUUCUUUUUAAACUUACGUUAUUGCUGGUUUUGUUGCAAUUUAAAUCCAAAGGCACUCUUCAUGGGGUACAUAUGGGCGUUUUUACUGACAUUUGAUAAAAUCAGCUCAUUUUAUACUAAAUUAUGUUACAUUUAUAUAAUAGCAUUUUAGAGAAUAAUUUUUAUAUAACUGCACUGUAAGUACUGCAAAAAAAUACAAUUUGAAUGACAGAAAUACACCAUCAAAAAUUUAUUUCAAAACAAUAGUUUAAAUUGCAUAUUUGUUUGUUGAUGUAUUUAUGUACAGCAGUUAGUGAGUAGAAAUAUGUAUGUACAAAUACCAAUUCCAAUGAAUUAGGUAGAAUUUUGCUUGUAUAUAAGUGCCUUAUUUUGUUUUCAUUGUCCUAGCUAAAUUCAUUAUAGCUUACUGCCCUAAAAAAUAUAUAUACUUUAUAACAUGUAGAUUAAACUAAGUAAAUCAAUAGAAUUCAAUUAAUUUGUUGCUUGUUCAUGGAACUUGGAGAUGUAAGUGCAAAUAGAUAUGCCAGUAUUUGUUUGCUUUUAUUAUUUCAAUUUGAUGAUGUGUAGUAAAGAUUCUAAAUAGACAUUAAAGAAUUCAUUCUGCUAAAAACGUAGCAAUAUAUCAAUCAACCGUACUAGUGAAGAGUAAUUGAAAAUGCUUAUUAGUAUACAAAAUAAAGGCUUUAGUUUAGUAUACUCUAUAACUGCUUACUGUCAUGUUGGUUGAAGAUGUUGGUUAUUGUAUUUGGUUCUUUGUAUUGUUUCAUUGUUUGCCAUCUCUUCUAAGAACAACGUAUACUAAGGAUCGUACCAUUUCCAUCCUAAAAUUUUCACUGUACAUGGUUUUAAUGAAUUUGUAAUUGUAAUGAUGAUUUUGGAUGCUUUUUAUGAAAAUCUGUAAUUCUUGAAAAAGCAAUUUCAGGGAAGUGUAAGACAAAAUGUUAGUUGAUUUCCAAGUUUAUUGAGAUAUUUAUGUGUAGUAGGAGCAUUUGUGAAUGAAUCAGAUUUUCAGAUUGCCAUUUGAUUUUAUUUGUAUGAUUUGGGUGAUUUUUUUUUCAAUUAACAAUAAAUAUAAUGAUGAAAGUUUCAUAUCAUACACGAAAUGUAGUCAAUGAGUAAGGUUAACAAUUUGUGGGAUUGAAUGGAUUGUUGAAUUUUGUGUGGUUUUUUUUUUUUUGUAAAGAAAUAUAUAAAAUCUCACAAAUUACACAUUCUUACUUUAAACUGAAUUUUUUAAAUACCAUUCAAAGGUUUAAUUAGACUAGUAUUCUAUAAAUAUCUCCUACAAUUUCACAUUGUUUUGGCUGAAGAGGAUUCGAGGCAGUUGCCUAAUCGAGAAUUUCAGAAUUUCAUCUUCUGUUUCUCAAGAAGAGAAUCAGUCGCACUCUUCCAUGUUCAAUUUCUGGUGCAUCUUCAGAGGUCAUUAAAAGGUUGAAUAAUUGUCUUUUGUCUAA